CUAGUUCAACAUCCAGGGAAUUACUCUAGCAUGUUUUCACAAUGAGACACUGUUUGUGACUGGAUGGAUUUAUCUUUAGUUUAGUUUUAUUUUAUUUUUUAUUCAUUCUUUUUUGGGAGGGGGAGAAGGUAGAUGGGAUGUCUUUUUCUUCACACCUCUGAAAGAAUUAACUUGGCAUACUGUGGCAUUUUAUGAAACUUAACUGGACCUGUCAGGCACUGACAUUUCGCUUUAAGUGUUUCUGUUUGCGUCGGUGUCGGAGUUAACUUCUUAUUUUACUGCACGGGUUCCUGAAUUGAUCGCUAAUUGGCAGAGAAAACAUGGCAAUUUACGUACAGGGUCUGAGUAACGUUGGAGUGGCCAACACAGGGAUGGCUCAGUUCCAGCAAAUGAUGCGGCAGCAGCUGGAGACCUCCAUGCACACCGAGCUGGAGAAGCUGCUGGACACCACCACAGAGGCCGAGAGAGAGGUGUUCAAGAAAGACUCUGAGGGCUUCACGAAUCUUUUCCACAGAUUCCUGCAGGUGAAGGGGCCUUCAGUGGAGUGGAUUAAGAUACAAAGACCUCCAGAAGACUCAAUUCAGCCCUAUGAUAAGAUUGCUGCUCGAGGCCUGCCCGACAAUGUGGCAGACAGUCUGAACAAACUGGUGGUGGUGAAGCUGAAUGGAGGCCUGGGCACCAGCAUGGGAUGUAAGGGCCCCAAGAGCCUGAUCAGCGUCCGCAAUGAGAACACGUUCCUGGACCUCACCGUGCAACAGAUAGAGCACCUGAACAAGACUUACAACACAGACGUGCCCCUGGUCCUCAUGAACUCCUUCAACACGGAUGAGGACACAAACAAAAUCCUGCAGAAGUACACACACCACCGCGUGAAGAUACACACUUUUAACCAGAGCAGGUACCCUCGCAUUAACAAGGAGUCCCUCCUUCCUGUGGCCACAAACCUGGGGCAAAACACAGAAGGCUGGUACCCUCCAGGCCACGGCGACAUCUACGCCAGCUUCUACAACUCGGGCUUGUUGGAUCAGCUGAUCAAACAGGGCAAGGAGUACAUCUUUGUGUCCAACAUUGACAACCUGGGGGCCACUGUUGACCUCCACAUCCUGCACCACCUGGUCAGCCAGUCCAACUCCAAGCGCUGUGAGUUCAUCAUGGAGGUCACAGACAAGACACGUGCUGACGUCAAGGGUGGCACUCUGAUCGAGUAUGAAGGAAAACUGCGUCUGCUGGAGAUCGCCCAGGUGCCCAAGGCCCAUGUGGACGAAUUCAAAUCUGUGACAAAGUUUAAAAUCUUCAACACCAACAACCUGUGGAUCUCUCUGGCUGCUAUCAAGAGGCUGCAGGAACAGAAGGCAAUGGACCUGGAGAUCAUAGUCAACCCCAAGACACUGGACGGUGGACAGAACGUCAUUCAGCUGGAGACGGCGGUCGGAGCGGCCAUCAAAUGCUUCGACAACGCCAUGGGGAUAAAUGUACCUCGCAGCCGCUUCCUGCCCGUCAAGACCACGUCGGACCUGCUGCUGGUUAUGUCCAACCUGUACAGCCUGGACGCCGGCUGUCUCACCAUGAGCCCGAAGAGAGAGUUCCCCACGACCCCACACGUCAAGCUGGGCAGCUCCUUCACCAAGGUUCAGGAAUAUCUGAUCCGCUUCGAGAGCAUCCCCGACAUGCUGGAGCUCGACCACCUGACGGUGUCCGGAGACGUCACCUUUGGGAAGAACGUGUCGGUCAAGGGCACCGUCAUCAUCAUCGCUAACCACGGAGACCGCAUCGACAUCCCCGCAGGUUCCAUGCUGGAAAACAAAAUUGUCUCCGGCAACCUCCGCAUAUUGGACCACUGAGGCCUUUUUCACCCCCAAACCCAUCAUGUGAUCUCACUGGCUUUAUUCCAGUCAUGUGACCUGUUCUUUUCUUUGUUGUUUUUGUUUUUGUCUGACGUGAGCUGAGCGUGAGAGGCAGUGGGACGUGUGUGAGUGCAUGUGCAGUGCUUUUCUGCAGUCUCAUCGUGCACAGCUGUUCUGUUGGGACCGUGUGCCCGAUAGUGCCCUCUACAGGCUCUUUAUUAAUAUUACUAUAGGUUUACAUUAUAUGAUGAUAAUAAUAAUACCAUCAUUUUAGCUGUCACUUUGCAUAAUGACUUAUAUUCAUGAUGCAGAAAAACAAGAAUUUUUUCUGCAUCAUGAAAAAUGCAGAAAAACUAUAAAAAAAUAGAAAAAAAUGUAGAAAAACUUUCUAUAUUCUAGAAAAUGAAGCCUACCAAUAAGUAGAAAAAUAGAUGGAAUUUAUUCAAAUACAGUAAUAAGACUGCACAGUAUCAUCCUCCUCGUUAUGCACUCGCAGCACUGCUCAUGUAAUCACACCGUGUACUGUAACUGUACUGUACUGCAGCCACUGAGUUGCGCUUUUUGAAGUGAGGGGAAAGUUUUCACCGUUUAUUUCAAGCUCAGAGAUUUCACUUCAUGAUUCAUGGUUCUACACUUAAAGUGAAAUCAUGUUUCGUAUAAUUUUAGCAGCUGUUCAUCUGUACGAUGCCACGUCGCCCCGUUUAACUCGCCAAUGUUUAAAUAUUCCUGCUUAGACAAACACUGACGUCUUUGUUUCUUCAGAAGUGUAGAGACAAAGACGUGACUGUGUAUUUGGGAAUAGAGCAAGGAAGCAUUUGAAGAGGCGUGGAUACAAAUUGUCCUAUCGUUUCCAGACGGAAUUAUCUGAAUAUUUCACCUGCAGUUCUGCACAUAAACAAAAAAAGUACAAAUAUCACAAAUAUCACUUCUUUGAGGGGGAAAAUGUUGGAGAAUCAGUCAAAGAAAGAAAGUGAGCAGCCACAACUCUAACGACGGUAGUUGAUGGUUCUUUGAGGCCAUGAAGAAUUACAAAGAAGUGUGAGACUGUUAAUUAGCAGACAAAAGCCAAAGAAAGAUAAACAGACAAAACCGUCUGAAGUCACAGUGAAAGACUUGAGUGCUGAUACAUGUGAAAGGGAUAAAUUCACACUGGGAUAAAACACUCACCAAUGUACAGGUCCAAGAAAUGAUCAGAACAUGAUGAAUGAGAAACUGAGAGUGACCACACUCACCGCUGCCACUACAGCAAUCAAACAAGUGACGGAAUAUUAACGAGACAGAGAAAACAAACCAAACAAACAGCUUAAAUGUAUUUAAAAUUACAUUAUUAUUUUUUUUAUCCUAUUAAAUCAAGUCAAUCUCACUCUCAGUGAGUGACAUCCGGACGACUCAGACUAUGACAUAAAAGGCCAAGCAGUGCACGGAGAGGUGACAUGAUUUAAAUCACCACAAUCACAGAAACCACGCCGGUCACAGAAUAACGGCACACGGAUCAUUUUAGACACUGUUAACUGUGACUUCUACAUUACAGAGUGGACAACAUAAUCCCACUUGGUAUUUCAUUACGUGGAUGAAAAGCCUGCAGGGGUUUGUGCCACAGGAGAGACUUACACAUGUUGUGUCCUGUAUUGUUCUGCCCUGUCACGGACCUUGUCCUGUAUUAUAACCAUGAUUUUAUGUAACAGCACUGUGCCAUUAUGAUGAAGAACAGAACACAUUGUGCAUUGUUGUUAUUAUUCUUCUUGUCUUAUUUUUUUGGUUUUAUCCAGUAUGUUUGUUCACAUUUUAAGCCUCAUGUCGUGUGAAACCAUGUGCCUCCAUUCCAGUGUCAGACCUCUCUCUCUGUUCCAACUCCACUCACACCAAGCAAGGAGGGACAUUUUAAAAACGUGUACAAUAAGUUUCAGUCUGGGAAAAUUUCAGAUGGGUCCGACACGCAUGUGAGUGUGUGUGAGUGUGUGUGCGAGUGUGUGUGUGUGUGUGUGGGGACCAGGAGCCUGAAAGCAAUAAGUGUUGAUCUGUGACAGUGAGGAGGUUUCAGUCCAGCUCGGCCUCUUAACACAGCUGAAUAAAGUGCAAUAUGAAAUCA